CAAGAAUAGACGUUAGGCGGAAUAUCGAAAUAUCCACUGGUUAUUGCGUCCUUUUUUCGUUUGAUGUACAAGUUUGAGAAAGUGUCACGAGACAGCUACCAAAACAAUGUCAAAACGAUAGCAAUACGGAAUAUAACAGAAAAAGACUCGAAGAUAAACGUAUUAGGCGUCGUUCUUCAGAAGCAGUCAGUGAGACGAUGCACUUCCAACAUUUUGGGAUCAACAGGGAGCCAAGCGGUAUUGGGAUUCACUUUGAGAGACAGCGCAUCGGACUGGAUAAAUGGAAGUUACUGGGGGACAUUUUCAAAUGUUAGCUAUAUUGCAUCUCAGUUUACCAUUGGUGACUGUGUUAUCAUACUUAAUGCAAGGGUGAAAUGCAAGGAGCCCAACUCCUAUGAAGACCGCUUUACGGUGCUAACUCCUUCAAGUUAUCAUCUUCAUAUGAGUGAAAGGGCUGGGAAAAUAUUACACUAUGAUUUCCCUGAUAAGUUGUAUACAAGUUGUCUAAAAUCUUCGUUAGUUUGUUCACCUGCUUAUCAUGCAUCUCUUCAUCAAGUAAUACAGACAGUUCAUUGUAAAACAUCAAGAACAGGUGAAGGUAACUCAUACUGGAAGUUAUAUGACAACUCUACAGUUUUCACUUUUUUUGCAAUUGUGUCUGAAGUGAAACGACCUAAAACCUUAAUAAUGGCACGAAGAAAACUAAAAGGUGAAGAAACAAUGGAAUCAGUUAAAGAAGAAAUAAAUUUCAGGGGUACAACACAAAUCAAUGAAUCCUCUGAAGCACUUCAUGAAGUAGUACAACUCUGUGAAGUACUUCUUUUUGAUGAUACAUGCAGCUGUCUACCAAUGGUACUCUGGAAUGAAGAAUGGAUUCAUAUAGCUCUGACUGCAUUUAUACAAAAUUCAACUGUUCUGUCUAUUGUGAAUUGUCCAGUUCGUUAUGAUCAUUACCGCAGAGGUGUUGUGGCAUCACCGAAUUCAAAAACCUUAAUUAUCAUUUCACCCGACUGUACAGAAUCUAAUCGUUUAAGUCAACACGCUAAGCAUCGAAAUCAAAAGAUAAAUUUAUUAAGAAGAGAUCAAAAUCAGUUCACAAAUGAAAACUUUGAUGAAAAGUUUUCACAACCCUUACCAUUGGCAUAUAAGACAGCGCAACCUGAGAUUUACGAAGUACCAUUGACAAGUAUUCAUAAUAUAUUGACUAUUAAAGAACUUAAAGAAGGAAAAGUUGUAGCUGGAUAUGCUUGUACAUUUGCUUUAAUUACUAAAAUCGAUUUAGACUGUUCCAAUUUACAAUAUCUUGUAACAUUACAAUGCACCAACUGUCAAGGUCGUUUGAGAUUAUGUGAUCCACCAGCAGAUUAUGAUAUAACAGCACCUGGUAAACAUGUUGAUCUAAAUCAAAAGUAUCUGUUUGCAAUGUGUAAUACUGUUGAUUGUCCAAUAAGUGGACAAAGAUUAUCUUGGUUUGAUAAACAACAUGUGAAUUUGGAAUAUGGUACAUUUGUUCAUCUAUCAGAUCAUACAGGAACAUAUUCCAGAUGUUUGUUGGCCAGUAUUGCUAUGGAGAAACUUUUAGGAUGCAAUGUUGAUAAAUUUUUAAAUUUAUCAAUGGACAAACGAGUUCGUUUAAAAUGGGAAAUAUGUUUAAGGAGGUUCAAGGUGUAUUUCUGGACAGAACAGAUUAGUUACAAUAAUCCAUCACCGUUAAUUGUUAUAAUUGGUGUGGAGAAGCCUAACACUUUUGAAGUUAUACAAUCAUUAAGAUCAAAUAAAGGACACUUUUGAUAUGAAUGCAAUUCUAGUGAAAUAUUUCACAUGAAUUAUCAAUGAAGUUUUGUUAUAUAUUUUGUUAACUGUUUCAUUUGUUUAUGAUAUGAAAUAUACUAUUUUUCAAAA